CUUUUCCUCAGGGCCUGCCUGUCUCUCUCCUUGCCUUGCCCAGGUGCUCCUGGCAUUGCUGAGGGGCUCUCUGGGAAUGGCAGUUCCAGCUGCAGGCUCAGGCCCAGCCCUGGGGCUCCUCCUGUGCAGGCUGAGCACAGCAAUGGGGUGUCCCAGCUCCCUCUGUCCCGGGGAGCUCUGGGCAGGGCAGGCUGGCAGGAUGGGAAUGAGCUGACUCUCCCUGACUUUGGGAAGAGCAGGAGCCACUUUGUGUGCCAGGGAUCCCUCUGCUCUCAGCAGGGUCUCCUGGCUUUCCAGGGUAACAAGGGAGUGAAGCUUGGAAAGGUUCAAGUCCAUGGGAGAUGGGAACAUGUCACAGAGGAAGAGCAGCUCCCAUCAGUCUGCACUAAGCCUCAGACAAUCCUCCUGCCUCUCUGGACUCUCUGUUCUCCCCAGGUGCAGCAGAAUCUCUCCUUCUGAAACCUACAAUCCCCCUUCCUUCUCCUUGGCAGGUCCUGUGCCUUAGGAAGAUAGUCUUUAUCCAGGUUAAAACACCAGGACUGGUCCCUGCCCUCACUGUUCUAUUGCACUGACUGAAGGUCAGGACGGACUCCCAGGUGUCCUGCAGGUCAAGGUCUGGCUCCUCACUUAACAUUUGCAAGCAGCAAUCAGGGCUCCAGCAACCAAGGUGAAGGAAGAUCUCCUAGACAUAGAGAAGGGGGACGUGUUUAAUGACAGGAAAGGGUCAAUGAGAAAGGGCUUUGACUCUCCUAUGGGAAAUGUCACCUCAAAUGUCACUGUCUUUCCUCUUUCUGCAGCUUGGAAUGUCCAGACACAGCAAAUGUCAAACCGCAGCUCCAUCAGCCACUUCCUCCUGCUGCCAUUAGCACACACGCAGCAGCUGCAGCUCCUGCACUUCUGCCUCUUCCUGGCCAUCUCCCUGGCUGCCCUCCUGGCCAACGGCCUCAUCAUCAGCGCCGUAGCCUGCGGCCACCUCCUGCACAGCCCCAUGUUCUUCUUCCUGCUCAACCUGGCCCUCAGCGACCUGGGCUCCAUCUGCACCACUGUGCCCAAAGCCAUGCACAAUUCCCUCUGGGACACCAGCAACAUCUCCUAUGAAGGAUGUGCUGCACAGGUGUUUCUGCUUAUCUUCUUCCUUGGAUCAGAGCUUGCCCUCCUGACCGUGAUGUGCUACGACCGCUACGUGUCCAUCUGCAAACCCCUGCACUACGGGACCCUCCUGGGCAGCAGAGCUUGUGCCCACAUGGCAGCAGCUGCCUGGGCCAGUGCCUUUCUCAAUGCUCUGCUGCACACAGCCAAUACAUUUUCCCUGCCUCUGUGCCAUGGCUAUGCCCUGGGCCAGUUCUUCUGUGAAAUCCCACACAUCCUCAAGCUCUCCUGCUCCAAAUCCUACCUUAGGAAGUUUUGGCUUAUUGCUUUUAGUAUCUCUUUAGGACUUGGUUGUUUUGUGUUCAUUGUUUUCUCCUAUGUGCAGAUCUUCAGGGCUGUGCUGAGGAUCUCCUCUGAGCAGGGACGGCACAAAGCCUUUUCCACUUGCGUCCCUCACCUGGCCGUGGUCUCCCUGUUUCUCAGCACAUCAUUUUUUGCACACCUGAAGCCCUCUUUCAUCUCCUCCCCAUCCCUAGAUCUGUCCCUGUCAAUUCUGUAUUCGGUGGUGACUCCAGCCCUGAACCCCCUCAUCUACAGCCUGAGGAACCAGGAGCUCAAGGCUGCAGUGUGGAGACUGAUCACCGGACGAUUUCAGAAACAUUAA